AUGGGCAUGAUUAUUGCACUGUACGAGUCCAUGAAAGCCCAAAAUGAAUCUCUCACCAAAGAGAACAAAUCACUGAAGGAUGGAAAUGAACUGUUGUCGAAGCGUCUGUCAGCUCUGGAACAAUACUCUCGUCUAAAUAACCUCGAGAUUAAGGGCGUUCCCGCAACGCAGGGCGAAAAUUGCCUGGCGGUGGUGCAUGCCAUUGGUGAUAGGAUUGGCUGUCCUAUCGUGGAAUCCGACAUUGACGCCGUGCAUCGUGUUCAUGCUAAGAAGGACACGAACAUUAUUGCACGUUUUGGUUCAAGGGUUAAGCGCUCCGAGUUUGCAGCCAAGGCAGGAAAGGCUAGGCUCACUACGUCAGCUAUCGGUUUUGCUCAGAGCAGCAACAAGCCAAUUUUCAUCAAUGACCACCUCACACCUGAUAACAAACGACUAUUUGCGCAGGCCCUUGAGAUCAAAAGAGGUAAAGGUUGGAAAUACCUCUGGACUGACAACUGUGUGAUUAAAGCUAGGAAAUCAGACAGCAGCCGCGUCUAUCGCAUCACUGGUGUGAUGGAUCUGGUGAUUAUUCAGUGA